AUCAUCUGACAGGAGCACAAGAAUCUUGACAAAAGCCCAGCGCUUGACACGACACCCACCUUUUAAAGCUUUCCACACUUAUUACACCCGUUUCUGUUGUUGUUGUCUUCUAUUUCCUUCAUUGUUAAAGUCGAAAAAGGAGUACCAGAUCUUAAAACUCAAAGAGUAUCCAACUAGUGUCUUCCCCACAGUCCAACUCUUCCUCUUCCUCAGAUUCUCCUUGCAAAUCCAACUCAUACAUAGUAGAGAAUGGAUCAACAAGAGCAUGGACAGUCGGGAGCCAUGAACUACGGCACAAACCCAUACCAAACCAAUCCCAUGACCACCACUGCACCCGGAAGCGCGGGGCCAGCAGCACCACAAGGCCAGCUAGCGUUCCACCAGAUCCACCAACAGCAGCAGCAACAACAGCUGACUCAGCAGCUUCAAGUCUUCUGGGAGAACCAAUUCAAAGAGAUUGAGAAAACAACCGAUUUCAAGAACCACAGCCUUCCCCUAGCGAGGAUCAAGAAGAUCAUGAAAGCCGACGAGGACGUCCGCAUGAUCUCCGCCGAGGCUCCCGUUGUGUUUGCAAGGGCCUGCGAGAUGUUCAUCUUGGAGCUGACGCUAAGGUCGUGGAACCACACGGAGGAGAACAAGAGGAGGACGCUUCAGAAGAAUGAUAUAGCAGCUGCUGUGACUAGAACUGAUAUUUUUGAUUUUCUUGUGGAUAUUGUUCCUAGGGAGGAUCUCAGGGAUGAGGUUUUGGGAAGAGGGACUGUCCCUGAGGCUGCUGCUGCUGCUGGUUACCCUUAUGGAUACUUGCCUCCGGGGACUGGGCCAAUAGGGAACCCGGGAAUGGUUAUGGGUAACCCUGGUGGUGCAUACCCACCUAACCCGUAUAUGGGUCAGCCCAUGUGGCCGCAGCAACAGGGACCUGACCAACCUGACCCGGAAAAUUAGCUUUGGCAUAGAAACUAGUUCAUGUCAAGCCAAGUUGAAUGAAGAAAGGAGUUUAGAGAAGAACAUAUCAUAAUUUCAAAUUGUAGAAGAAACUCUAAGUGUUUGUUUAUUAUGUUCAUUCCAUCCUUUCUUGUAAGGAGACAUUUAGGGAUGAAUUACCUGAAGAAUGUAUAAACUGUAACUUUGUAAGGAUGAAAGAAGUGUGGGUUGACAAGUUCUUUUUUAUUUA